UCUUCUGGGUGUGGUUUUUGCAGCGGGGGUACCGUUAGCAGGAAAUCAAGCUCCCAGUCCAUUUUAGUUAGAGGCGAAACAAAGAAAAACACUUUUCGAGCUCGGGGACUGAAAUAGCUCUUCUUAGUCAGAUAAGAAAUAGCGUCUGUUUCCUCCAUUCCUCCAUAGCGGCUGGAGUUUUAUCUUCUUGACGCCGUUGUUCUGAUGGGAAAAAGUUUCCCGUAACUAGUCAUCUGGUUUAACUACUUAAAUCUGAGCGGGGCGCAAAGAGAGAGGAAAGAUGCCGAAAACAAUUAGCGUGAAAGUCACCACAAUGGACGCUGAACUGGAGUUCGCCAUUCAGCCCAACACAACAGGGAAGCAGCUCUUUGACCAGGUGGUGAAGACCAUUGGACUGCGAGAGGUUUGGUAUUUUGGACUUCAGUACCAAGAUACAAAGGGCUUCUCAACAUGGCUGAAGCUCAAUAAGAAGGUGACAGCUCAGGAUGUGCGGAAGGAAAGCCCGAUGCUGUUUAAGUUCCGAGCCAAGUUCUUCCCAGAGGACGUUUCAGAAGAGUUAAUCCAGGAUGCCACGCAGCGGCUCUUCUUCCUGCAGGUGAAGGAGGCGAUCCUGAGUGACGACAUCUACUGCCCCCCAGAGACGGCGGUGCUCCUCGCCUCCUACGCCGUGCAAGCCAAGUUCGCUGACUACAACAAAGAAGUCCACACGACGGGGUAUCUGAACGGAGAGCAGCUGCUGCCUCAGAGAGUUCUGGAUCAGCACAAACUUAACAAGGAGCAGUGGGAGGAAAGGAUUCAAGUGUGGCAUGAAGAGCACAAGGGCAUGAUUAGAGAGGACUCCAUGAUGGAAUAUCUGAAAAUUGCUCAAGAUCUAGAGAUGUACGGAGUCAACUACUUCAACAUCAAGAACAAGAAAGGAACUGAGCUGUGGCUGGGAGUGGACGCUUUGGGUCUGAACAUUUAUGAACAAAACGACAAAAUGACGCCUAAAAUCGGAUUUCCCUGGAGUGAAAUAAGAAAUAUUUCCUUCAACGACAAGAAGUUUGUUAUCAAACCCAUUGACAAAAAAGCUCCGGACUUUGUGUUCUACGCUCCCAGACUGCGCAUCAACAAACGCAUUUUGGCUCUGUGCAUGGGCAACCACGAGCUCUACAUGCGCCGUCGCAAACCGGACACCAUCGAAGUGCAGCAGAUGAAGGCUCAGGCCCGGGAAGACAAGAACCACAAAAAGAUGGAGCGAGCUCUGCUAGAGAAUGAAAAGAGAAAAAGAGAGGUUGCAGAAAAGGAGAAGGAGAAGAUUGAAAAAGAAAAGGAAGAACUGAUGGAGAGAUUAAGACAAAUUGAAGAGCAGACAAAGAAAGCCCAACAAGAGCUGGAGGAGCAGACUCACAAGGCUCUGGAGCUGGAGCAGGAGAGGAAGCGGGCCCAGUUGGAGGCUGAACGUCUGGAAAAUGAUCUCAAGAGUGCAGAGGAAGCCAAGAUGGCGCUGCUGCAGCAGUCAGAGAGUCAGAUGAAGAACCAGGAACAUCUGGCCACAGAGUUGGCUGAGCUGACCUCAAAGAUCUCCCUCCUGGAGGAUGCAAAGAAGAAAAAGGAAGAAGAGGCGGAUGAGUGGCAGCAGAAGGCUACCCUUGUGCAAGAGGACCUGGAGAAGACCAAAGAAGAGCUGAAGAACAAGGUGAUGGUCGCCCACGUGCAGGAGCCCCUCAACGCGGAGAACGAGCACGACGAGAACGACGAGAGCAGCGCGGAGGCCAGCGCCGAGUUAACGGCUGCAGCCACCUAUAAGGACCGCAGCGAGGAGGAGCGGAUGACAGAGGCGGAGAAGAACGAACGCCUGCAGAAACACCUACUGGCUUUGAGCUCGGAGUUGGCCAAUGCUCGAGACGAGAACAAGAAAACGGUGAACGACAUCAUCCACGCGGAGAACAUGAAAGCGGGACGCGACAAGUACAAGACCCUCCGACAGAUCCGGUCAGGAAACACCAAACAGCGCAUUGACGAGUUCGAAUGCAUGUGAUGUGCACGUUCAAAGGCCCCCACGCUGCCUGGACUGCAGUCCUGCCUCACUUUAGCUGUUUCCGCUCCUCCCAAACGAGUCCGACCCAUCGUCAAGCACAUCAUGCUCGGAUCUGGAAAAUUCCUUUAAAUUUUUAAAUUUUAGAGAAGUCAUUGGUGAAAAGGGACUUUUUUUUUUGGUAGUCUAUUCCUCACAAGGGGGUUUAUGUAGCAUCUUAGCAAAGAGCUUCUAUAUCCAUUAAUGACAUUGAGCAAAGAAUUUAUUUUUUGUUUCCUCUAACAAUUUUGUCACUGAUUUUUAUAGUAUUAUUUCAAAAUAAAAGCCUUGAAAACCGAUGCUUAACAGCUUGUAAACUGGGCAGCAGGCGACCUGCGACCUCACACACACAAAAGUUGCAGGACGUGUUUCUCUGCCCUUCCAGAAAGUUUUGAAAACAACUGCACUGCGGCCUUCACGUACAAAAAAAAAAAACAGUGUACCUGCCAUAUUGUAUGAAAUGUACGCAUAUAUAAAGCAGUAUUAUUGUUUCUUUUGCAGAUUUAGCAUUUUUAUGUACUUUUUCAUUUGAUUGCGUUCACCCUCUGCCAACUGUUACAAGCAACAAAGUAUUUAACAAGCCACCUACAAUGUGACAUUAAAGAUUUCAUUUUUAUUUAGACUUUUUGGUCUGAUUUGUUUGUUUUUUUGCCUUAAGCCGGAUUGUAAAGCUGAAGAUGAAAAGUUCACCUGGAGGGAAAAAAACAUUCCUGCAGGUCAGACGAUCGAACAAAUAAACUGAACAAAGUUACUGUAAGUUUCAAUAAAUUAUGCAGAUUUAAUUUGGUUCUUUUUUUGUGCGUUUGUAUUAAGGGAUGUUUACGAUUUAUUCAUGAAUUGUGAGUAAAAUCAUCUGUAAAGCAUAAAAAGCUGCAGUUCUAUCUGCUAAGAUGCACAUUUUUCUCAUUUAAAGGCUGAAAUCAGAAACACGCACUCCUCAGAAAAUCUCUUUAGACAUGCACUGGAAAGAAAAGUGUUUUAUCUUUUUAAAAAUGAUCCCAAAGCAAACAGUUCCAGCAGUCUUUCUCCCCACUCCAUGCAUCUUUGAAGACGUUUGUACAUUUGAUUACAUUUGUGUAUGUUGGGAUUUUCAGAUGUUAAUUAUGCAUGAUUUAAAAAAGAAAAGGCACCUGUGAGGAUAUUUUUGUACCACAAACAUCACAAUCAAAGAUACGUAUUUUUGUUUAAAGAUGUUACAUUUUUAGACGCUCACCGCUGGGAGAGGAAAGCGUGCAGCCGGGACCCGACAAAGCCAGCUGAUUCUGGAAGCAUGAGCACAAAUGUUUGGGUUACUAAAGAAUUCUGGGUAUAAAGUAAGAAAAAAAGGCCUUUAGAAAUGCAAUUCUCUUGUUUUUGACAUCGGGAAAUAUUCAAGAUUUAAUGCUUGUUUGACAAAGUUUGAAAGAGUUAAACUAUUUUUGCAAGUUAGUAGUUAAAGAAAUUCCUGGAUUGUUUUUUUUUGUUUUUAAUGAAAAUAUUUUUACAUAUUUGUACCAAAAUUGAUUUUUUAUACAGCCUGGACUCUGCUGCUUAUACUUCCUGUAUCUGACAUGCGAUUUUAAAAACAAAUAAAUAAAGAAACUGAUGAUUUUUGCUGUUUGACAGCUUUAAAA